CUAAGAUGGCGGCGGCCUACAGUAUGCACCUCAGCUGUCUGGGAGCCCAGGCCCGUGCUGAGCAGGUGAUAGCCCUAGGGGCGUUCGGCUUCCGGGCCUGGCCGUAGGAGAAGCCUCCUCCAACCUUUCUCACUGCUUCCUGGGGCAGUGGCCCUGGCGUUCUCCCCGCGAGUGGAGCAGGGUGUGGCGGCGGUACGCCCUGCGAGGUUUUCUAGCGGUUCCGCGCUCCUCGCCGCUUGCAGCCGAUCUUCUCGUCUUGUCUGUCCCCGGGCAGCCAAAUCCGUACGGGCCUUCCCGGGUUUUGCGGACCCCUGUGGAAAUUACUGGUGCUCAGUGGUGGCUGAUGUUUGAUGGUGGGGAGGGGGUCGUGUAAGGAGAAAAAAAAAAAAAAAAGAGCGCCUAUAUUUGGUGGUGCUGUGUUCCUUGUAGUCCCUCUCCGUUUAACCUUUGCUCUCCUCAGCUUUAGGAUACAUCUGAGAGUCCCGAAAGCAGUAUUAGGCCGUCUUAUAUAGAAAGAGCAAGUAUUGACAUCCUUCAGAAUGCCCAACUCCAACGCUAAAAUUCGUUGUAACCACAGAGGUGGUCAGGAGGUUGGCAGACGGGAGUUGGUUUCCAGGUCUUUGCUAAGUGCUCAGCAUUGCCUAGAGGAGCAGGAUUUUGGAACUGCCUACGCUCACUAUCUCCUGGUACUAAAUCUAGCUCCUGAGCUAAAAGCUAGUGUCAAAGAAACAUUUCAGUAUACUCUCUUCAAAUGGGCAGAAGAGCUAGAUUCUCUGUCACGGAUCCAAGAUCUCUUUAACUGUUAUGAACAAGCACUUGAACUGUAUCCGAAUGAUGAAGUGAUAUGUAACAGUAUGGGAGAACAUCUUUUCAGAAUGGGCUUUAGAGAUGAAGCAGCUGGUUAUUUUCAUAAAGCAGUGAAGCUUAACCCAGACUUUGCUGAUGCAAAGGAGAAUUUUUACCGUGUUGCAAACUGGCUUGUGGAACGCUGGCACUUCAUCAUGCUCAACGAUACCAAAAGGAACUUUACUUACCUAAAAGCAAUUGAGAACGCUGUCCACUCAGGGUGCAAAUCUGUUCUUGAUAUUGGAACAGGAACAGGAAUUCUGAGUAUGUUUGCAAAAAAGGCAGGAGCAUCUUCUGUUUAUGCCUGUGAAUUAUCAAAAACCAUGUAUGAACUUGCCCGUGAUGUAGUGGCAGCAAAUAAUAUGGAAAAAGAGAUCAAACUUCUGCAUUUGAAAUCACUAGAUAUAGAAAUUCCAAAGCACAUACCCGAAAGAGUUUCCUUGGUUGUCACAGAAACAGUUGAUGCUGGUUUAUUUGGAGAAGGAAUUGUGGAGAGCUUGAUACAUGCUUGGGAACAUCUACUUUUACAACCAAAGCCUAAAAACCAAGAUGUCACUACUGCACACUAUGGUAGAGUUAUUCCUGCAAGUGCUAAAAUAUUUGGGAUGGCAGUGGAAUGCAAAGAGAUACGUAGACAUCACAGGGUGGGAAUGCAAGAAGUUGCUGGUGUGUGCUUGUCAGAUUCAGUGCAGUUCUUUAGUCCAACGUAUGCUUCUCUGGGCUCAGAGGAAACUCUUGAACCUUACACCACUGAGAAGCUCAGUCGUAUUCCUGGAGGUUACUUACCUCUGACAGAGCCCUGUCAAAUAAUGACAGUAGAUUUCAACAAUCUGCAGGAGCUGAAAAGCCUUGCAACUAGAAAGCCCUGGAAGCUCAGCCUACCUGUCACUGAAGGAGGAAUGCUAGAUGCUAUUGUGGUGUGGUUUGUACUACAGCUUGAUGAUGAGCACACUCUGUCUACAAGUCCCAGUGAGGAAACUUGCUGGGAGCAGGCAGUCUUCCCUGUUCAGGGCCUCCAUGAUUAUUCUGUGAAGACUGGAGAUACUGUGAUGAUGGAAGUUUGCUGCCAAGACUGCUACUUGAAGAUCCAGAAGAUUUCUUUAGCUUCAGAGUGUAGGAUGGACUUGAGUGAUAGAGACAACACAUUGAGUUUGGGCAACGAGGCUGAAUUAUGCAAUGCACUGGCAGGUCUUCAGACAACAAGUGAACAGGAUGGUAGUGGUCAAGUCUGUGUGUUGGAAUCCACAGAAAUAGCCCUGCUGAAUGAUGUACAGUACCAUGAAUGCUUUAAAGCUGCCAUGAGUAAGGUGCUCUUGUCAUUAAAUCCAAAUAAGGAUUCGCAGUCCAUGGAUGUUGAUGGACAUGGCAGUGGAAUGGACCUCCAAGAGAGUCAAACCAAGAGCUCUCUAGAUUUGGCUCCUAAUCCUUUGUACAUAUUAGAUGUAGCUGAAGGCUUCUCCAUCCUGCCAAUUAUAGCUGGCAAACUCGGACCAGUUAGAGCCUACAGUUCUAUUGAGAAAGAACAGCACCAGGCAGCACUUAAUGUAAUUUCAGAAGCUAACCAUUUCCCUAAGGAAACAUUAGAGUUUUGGCUUAGCCACUUAGAAGACGAAAGCAUGGUGCUGCAGAGACCCAAAUCAGACAAACUGUGGAGCAUUAUUAUCUUAGAUGUUGUAGAGACAUCAGGUUUAAUCCAGCAGGAGGUGAUGGAAAAGGCUGCAAUAUCCAGAUGUUUACUUCACAGUGGAGGGAAGAUUUUCCCACAGUAUGUGUUGGUAUAUGGGAUGCUUGUAGAAUCAGAGUCUCUGCUACUGGAGAGUGCUGUUCAAGGAACAGAACCAACACUUGGGUUCAACAUAGCCCCUUUUAUCAACCAGUUUAAGGUCCCUGUUCAUGUAUAUUUGGAUCUCUCUACGUUACCAUGUGUACCUCUGAGCAAGCCCAUAGAGCUUUUAAGGCUGGAUCUCAUGAACCCUCUGGUGAACAGCUCCAGCAGAGAAGUGAAGGUACAAAUUUCUAAGUCUGGCAAAGUCACUGCAAUUCCCUUCUGGUAUCACAUACAUCUAGAUGAAGACCACUGCUUGAAUACAUCUGAUGAGUCCUCACACUGGAAACAAGCUGCAGUUGUUCUUGAUGAGCCCCUCCAUGUUGAGGUGGGAGAUGAACUUAAGCUUUAUGUUCAACACCACAAAAGCAAUAUUAGCAUUACUGUUAAACAGUGAAGAAUGUCAUGGGUAAACUUGUGUGGUUAACUAUCUAUGCAUAAAUUGACUUUAGAACAUCACUGAUACUAAUUUAUAUUAAAGUCUAAACUUUAUCUACUGAUCAAAAA